GCUUCACCUCACGCUGGUACUAAAAGUCCUUCUUUCGACUUCAAGCAACGAAGGUAAAGAUAGUCCGAAAUCGGACUAGAGGUUCGAUUUCGGUGCUCUGGAGUUCGGACAAGAGGUCAAAAAAGAAUUCCAAUAAAACUGAAUCGAUUACAUCUUUCCCACCUUCGCAAUUUUCCACGAAACUACAUCAACUUCAUCAAAAUCGAGAUUAAACUCUGCCUCGAUACACAUUCCUCCCACAGUUCAGCAACCUCCAGAUCCAACCUCCGAGCCCCAGAAAAGACACAACAUGGCGCCACCACACCUCGACAUAUCAAACCUAACGAUCAUUAAAGCCUCCGCUGGUGCUUCCAUCGCCGAAAUAGAGCGCAAGAGAUUGACUUUAGAAGAGAAAAGGCGCACCAACGACGAUCUUCUGGCGGAUCUUGAAAAAGAAGUAUCAAAACUCAAAGAUGACAAUACAGCCAUCGAUACUAAGGUCUUGGCUCUUAACAAGAAGAAGAGAAAACUCGCCAGUAUGGAGUCUUAUACAUCGAAAGCAGAGGCUAUAGCUUCCCAGCUUCUUGAUGAUGACAGUUCGGAUGAGAAUGAGCAAAUUGCGAUUGAGGAGGACGAUGAAGACGAUGAGGACGAGAUAAUCCAUCCUUCAACCAAGAAGCGAAAGCUCGAAAGCCGAAAAGGGAGAGUUGCAUCUACGGCGAGCACUACAAUCUUGGUAGACUCUCCACCAAUCGAGCAGGAUCCUGAACAGCCAACGGAAGAAGAAGAAGAGGUAGAGGUAGUACAAGGGCGGCGAAGAAGCCGUCGAGUCCAAAGACAAUCUCCAAUUCAUAUACAAAUCGAAGACUCUUCUGAUGAAGUACCUGAAGAAGAACCACGACGAAGCCGCCGUUCUCAAAGGAAGUCUGCUCUCAAUGCCCAAGUACCUCACAACGAACCUCAACCCACUCAAGACACCUACUCCCUUCGCCAACAACAGCAAGAACCCACUCAAUCCCCCGCCCAGUUCACUCUCGCCAUGAGCAAAUCCCUAGCAAAUCUCAUCAGACAACAUUCUGUCACUACCAAUGGCUCUCAUUUCGCCCAACCAGUCUCGAUCCUCUGGCCCUCCCUCGCUUCCAAAUAUGCCGAGGAAAUUACCAAUGAGAUCGACCUCGAAACCAUGCAGCUGAAGUUGCAAAGAGGCGAUUAUAACAGCAUUGAUCAGGUGAAGGAGGAUGUGGAUCUGCUCUAUCGAAAUGCAUUAGAGUUUAAUGGGGAGGAAUCGAGGAUCACUGAAGCAGCGAGGAGAUUGAGGGACAAUUUGUUGGUAGGAAUUGAAUUUCUAGUAUCGCGAGGGGUGUGAACAGCGGUGGACGAUAUGGGAUGAGUGAUGGGGCUGUUCUCAUCGACUUUCCAGGCGUUGGGCAAUCGGUUAACCUGCCAGGAAUUCGGGGCAUGACGCUAGGCAUUAAUUGUUGUUUAUUUUUUCCUUUGGUUCUACUUUCACUUCAUCCCAAGUCCGAAUUUCUCCUCAACCUUCUCGAGCG